CCCUGGCUUAUUACUGGCUGAGAGGAUCGCCCAUCCCAGCAGCAUAAUUCCAUCUGGGCUAAAUAUUUAUACAGAGGGGGAACGACAUCACUUAUCCACAACACAUUCAUUCACAUAAGGGAGAGCUACUUCCACAGUUGAGUUUGCCAGAGGAACAUCACUUCUUCUUGCUGAUAUUUGCAGAGACAAGCUUUUAAGGGGGGAAAAAUAGGGUUUGUACUACCUAGAUUACACAAUGAUCUUUUUCAUCCCUGUUUUUGGUGUGAUUUUCACUAUGUAUCAGAUUGGGAGGAAUCCUGCCAGUGCCGGGAUGUGCUGGCUGCAGCAAGACCAAAGGUGCGACAUGGUGCUGAUGAGAGGGGUGACCAGAGAGGAGUGCUGUGCCGGGGGCCGCCUGGACACAGCAUGGUCCAACACCAGCCUGCCCAUGAAUGAGGUCAGCCUGCUGGGCUUCCUGGGAAUUGUCUCCUGUAAACCAUGCAAAGAGACUUGCGAUGGAGUCAAAUGCAGUCCCGGGAAGGUUUGCAUAAUGAAGAUGGGAAGGCCUCAGUGUGUGUGCUCUCCAGACUGCUCUCACAUUACCCAGAAGCACGCUGUGUGCGGCAGCGACGGGAAGUCAUAUACCGAUGAGUGUACUCUGCUGAUGGCCCGCUGCAUGGGACACCCAGACCUGGAGGUCAUGUACCAAGGAGACUGCAAAAAGUCGUGCUCCAACGUGGUGUGUCCAGGUACCCACACCUGUGUGACCGACCAGACCAACAGCGCUCACUGUGUCAUGUGCCGCACAACUCCUUGCCCAAUCGCCAUGCCGUCUGAGCAGCCAAUCUGUGGCAAUGACAACAUCACUUACCCCAGCGCCUGCCACCUCCGCCGGGCCACCUGCUUCCUCGGUCGCUCCAUAGGAGUCCGUCACUACGGUCAUUGCAGCAGUCCCCCUCGGAAACCUCAACAUUUCGAAGGCAGUGAGGAAAACGCGGUCUAGACGGACAACUCCUGACCCAGUCCUUUUGCAAGAAACGAGUUGUUCGAGAAACACUUCCAAGUGUCACACCACUAGCUUCCCAUGAUGACCUCUUUUUUUUUGACAAUCACUUCCCCUCCCCUUUGUAUACAGAAUGACAAUACAUUUGAAAGACCUCUGUUGGAAGACACAAUAGUGUAACUGCCUCAAAAAGAGCUACAAAAACCCUGUGAGCAAUUUGUGUUAAACUCCUGCUAGUUUGGGAAAUUGAGGCAGAUGAACACACGUGUCUCGAGAUAAAAAAAUAAAUAAUAAUAUCUCAUUGGCUCUUUGGGAGAUAUGUGCAUAUUGUAAAUAGAAUACCACAACUAUUUAUUGGAGAAGGUAUCAAACUCUAUUUAUGUUUUUAUCCUAGUAACAAAUCCAUAUAUCCUUGGGAAAGCUGAUGCAUACAAUGUAUUUAUUGUGUUGUGUUUAUUGUGUAUGUACAAUGGCGGCCACUGGCAUUUUACAACUUUUUUUUACAGUUUUCACAUUCCCCACAAACAAAACAAACAAGCUGAUGGAAGGCAGCGCUGAUAUGUUUGGAAAGCUGAUACCACUUUAUAGCCUGCCAAUGUGGUAUUAAUUCACCACAAACAAAGAGCAGGACAGCUACAGUUGUGCUGUAUGUACUUACGCUUUUGUUUGGAGGUGAGGAAGGGGCACAGCCUAAACAAACCUGUAUAGUCUCCCUCCUUCCCUCCCUCCACACAUGUUUACUCUAGAUCCUGAUCCUAACUCUCAGCCACCCGCCGAUUACUAAAAUUAACAGUUUGGUUGUGUUUGUAGGAGUCUCAGAAGGCUGUUGGUACAACCCCAAGCCCUCUACAAUACCUCCUCUGUUGAGUGCUUGGCUUUGUUUUGUAAAUACAUUUUUUGGAGGUUGUGCUAGUUCAUUCCGUUGCUGUUUUGCUGCUUUCAAUGAACUAACUGGACAGACAAAUGUAAUCAGCAUCAUCUGAGCGAAAGGAAAAUGAAAUUUGUCUGAGAAUGGACUACAAUUUAGGCCAAUUGAACAUACCUGUACCUGGUUACACUGCUAGAGGUGAGUCAAUCUGUUCACCUACUGUUAAACCUGGUAGAUAUCGAUGCAAAUGGCCAAUAUCAAAUGGUCAAGUGAUCCAGUUAAAUCUUUAAACUCUAAGCAGAUGUCUGAAAUACUUGUAAUAAUUCUUAUAGUGUAUUAUGAAACAUCUCAAUGACUCUCCUGUAAAUAACCUGUCUGUGUACCUACCUGUGUACCUACUGUGAAAUUUGAAUGACAAAUGCAUUAACAUAUUUUUGUACUGCCAUUUCAAAACAUAAAGUUUAAUAUUUGUCACAA